GAAGGUAAGAAGAAAGGAAACAAGCCGGAUGACCAAGGAAAGACUUCAAAUCAAGCCGAUUCUGCAUCCAAAUCCACAUCUGAUGAACAACAGGAAAAAGAAGAUCAAAAAUCCCAACAACAACAAGAUAAACAAAAGGAACAGCUGCUUUCAGUGCAGUCUAAUAAGCCUACAGAAGUUGAUCAUCAAGAUCCAGGAAAUUCGAUUCAACUUUCAUCACAACAAUCAACCGUUCAAAAUCAACAAGCAGCUAAAAUGGAGCCUUUGAAACAGACUGGAAAGGGUAAGCAGAAGGAUUGGGCAUGCAUCAAAUGCAAUAAAAUGAACUUUGCAAAGAAAAAUAUCUGUAAGGAUUGUAAUGAACCAAGGCCUGCACCUCCUGAACCACCAAAAGAAAUCCCACAAGAGCCACAAACCUCAAAUCAAAUAGUGCCUAGCUUUAGCAGCCUGGAUAUCUCAAAAAGCGAAAUUGAGACAAGUUCCGAAGCUAAAAAGCUUUAUGAAGGCACUCGGGGAAGAAAAUGCAGAGUUGAAGUGAAUUAUGUGGAACUGAAUUUGAAGAAUUUAUCGAAAGUUUGCUAUCAUUAUGAUGUGGCAUUUGUUCCUGAUACACCAAAAAAAAUGCUAUCGGCUGCAAUGGAUGAAUUCAUGAGGAAGUAUUUUAAGGGAUAUUUUUAUGCAUUUGAUGGACGGAAGAUUUUGAUAACAAAUAAAAAGUUAAGCAUGAAAGACUUGAAAAAUGAUGAGUAUACUGAGAAAGUUGAGGCUUAUUUCGGUGGUCGUAAAAGAACUUUUGAUGUAAAGGUUCAGCUUGUAUCAACUGACAAUAUGGAAGUACUUAAGAGCUACAAGAACGACGAAAAGCCAGCCAAAGCUAAUCAAAACUUAGACAUAAUUUUGAAAUCUGUUUUUCGGCAGCAAAUUGACAAUGGCAAGGCAGUUAAAGCUAAUAGAAAUUUGUUCUUCGCUCGCGAAGCUAAUGAAAGAAUCGAUUUAGGCGAGGGUAUGGAGCUGUGGUACGGACUAUUCCAAGCUGCCAUUUUGGGUCGUGCGAAAGUCUAUUUGAAUAUAGAUGUCUUACAUAAAGCAUUUCCAACAUCAAUUCAUUUGCUAGACUAUAUUAAAGUUUCUGACAGAAAUCGUUUGGAAUAUUUGGAUGAUGAAAAAAAGAAAAAUUUGAAUAAUUUCCUGACAAUGCUGACGAUUGGUUACCGCUUGAAUCAAAAUGAUCCUCCCAGAACGUAUGGUUUUAAUGGUAUUGGUGAACCUGCAUCUAAAGCAAAGUUCAAAUUCAAUGGAAAGGACAUGACUGUUAAGGAUUACUUUGAGAAGGAAAAGAAGAUCAAAUUGCAAUUCCCUAACUUGCCCGUCCUACAAGUUGGCAGCAAAACCAACAGCAUUCUCUUGCCAUUAGAGUUCUGUGAACUGCCUCCAGGGCAAGUAAAUAACAAAACAUGUUCAAAAUAUGUCAUUCAAAAAUUGACUAGAGAGUCUGUAACUUCGCCUGCAAUUCGCAAGGAAAAGAUACGAAAAAGAUUAAAUGAAACUCCUUAUAAUACGGAUCCAACUAUCAAAGCCUUUGGAAUUGAGGUUGGAAAAACUUUCCAAACCGUUGAAGCUCGUGUCAUUGAUCCCCCCAAUCUUAAUUACAAGGAUGGGAUUGUAAGGCCAUCAAGAGGUGUAUGGAAUGCAGGAACAUUCUUGGAAGUUAAAGGGAAUCAAAUAAAAUGGUGCAUUCUGAAUGGAGGUUCAGUUGACAAUACAACUAUACUUCAUGGUUUAAAAAGAGAUUUGUUCCAAGAAGCAAUAAGGCAGAACAUUUUCCUGGAUGACAUUAAUAUAAACGAUAUAAUCAACAUUAAGUUCGCUGAAAAUAAAGCCAAAGUUGAACAAAAAUUCAAGGAAUUGAAGGAUUUAGGAUAUCAGCUGGUUGUUGUUGUACUUUCUAAUGACAAGGAAUAUCAAGUGGUAAAGAACACAUCAGAAUUGUGUGUCGGUAUUCUUACAACAUGCAUCAAGGAAGAAACAGUGAGAAAAAGAUUAGGAGGAAAUAAUGCAACUGUCAAAAACAUCUUGAUAAAGUUGAAUGCAAAGCUGAACGGAAAAAGUCAUGAAAUUGUAGAACCAUCAUUUAAAGCGAUCUCUGCUAAUGCUGGGGUUAUGUUUGUUGGAGCUGAUGUAACGCAUCCAAGCCCCGAACAAAGAAGUAUCCCAUCUGUGGUUGGCGUUGUAUCAUCUUAUGAUCAAGUUGGUACGAAGUAUACUCCAACAUGGAGAUUACAAGAACCAACAGUUGAAAUGAUUCAAGAUUUGGAGAAUAUUUUGGUAGAGCAUCUGAAAGCUUAUUUCAACUUCAAUAAGAAACUCCCAAAGAGAAUCAUGUAUUAUCGCGAUGGAGUAUCAGACAGUCAAUUCAAUAAAGUACUUGAUGUGGAAAUGACAGCAAUAAAAAAAGCUAUGCACAGAUCCUAUGGACAGAAACCACAAGCAGAAGUUACAUUUGUUGUCGUACAAAAGCGACAUCAUACAAGAUUCUUUCCAACUGAUGCUAAAUUUGCUGACAAGAAUGGCAACAUUCUAGCUGGAACUGUCGUUGAUAAGGACAUUGUGCAUCCAUUCCAAUAUCAAUUCUUUAUGGCAUCACAUACUUCUAUUCUGGGAGUCACGAAGCCUUCAAAAUAUUGCAUCUUAGCCAAUGAAUCGAAAAUUAUUGCUGACGAUAUUCAGGCUAUAACUUUUGAUUUGUGUCACCUUUUCUCGCGAUGCAACAGAUCUGUUUCGUAUCCGGCACCUACAUAUUACGCUCACUUAGUUGCUGCACGUGGAAAGAACUAUUUUGAUGGAAACGAUAUAACUUCAAUUAUGGAGAAUAUUGAUCGUGCAAACCAAAAAUAUCAGAAUAAUGGAAUCAAUCAAACAUUCGUCCGUGACACACCAAUGUUUUUUGUUUAA